AUGUCCAAACCUCUUCUCCGGAUUCCCUACACGGGCCCGCUCCCACCGCCCUUGAUCAUCCCACCCUCCGCCGCCACUAGACAUGGAGCUGUCGCUGCACUGACCAAAUUUCUAACCGACAAUGCAUUCAGCAACAACAACAGCAGCAGCAGCAGCAGCAACAGCCGCAAAACCGUCCUGCUAACAGGCGCAGGACUCUCCACAGCAUCUGGUCUCGCAGACUACCGCGGCACGAAUGGCACAUACACGCAGAACAAGACCUACCGACCGAUCUACUUCCACGAGUUUGUAGCGAGCCACGAGUCACGCAAGCGAUACUGGGCGCGCAGUUUCCUGGGGUGGCGCGGACUGAACCGCUCACAGCCGAACGCAGGGCACAAAGCGAUCCGCGAUCUAUGGCAGCUAGGACUGGUAUCGUCGGUGGUGACGCAGAACGUGGACAGCUUCCACAACAUGGCACACCGCGGUCUCCGAACCAUCGAGCUGCACGGCUAUCUGCGCAGACUAGUCUGCCUGAGCUGCCGGCACGAAAUGGACAGGGAUGCGUUCCAGGCUCGCCUCGCGCAGCUCAACCCGGCGUGGUCGGCGUUCCUACAGGACCUGCUGCGCAGCGGCGCGCUCGACACGGAGAACCCCACAGAGAGGAGGCAGAAGGGCUUCAAGACCAACCCGGACGGCGACGCCGACGUCCCCGGCGCCCCGUACACGACUUUCCGCUACCCUGCGUGCCCGACGUGUCUGAAGCGGCCACCGAUUCUUCCGGACGGCGCCAAGGCCCACGUGGUCGUGGAUCGGGAUGGUGCGUGGCUGCCGGAAUCAGGCCCCACGGGCGUGCUGAAGCCCAAUGUCAUCAUGUUCGGCGAGUCUAUCCCGCAGGCGACCAAGACUGCCGCCGAAGAGGCCAUCGAUGGCGCUGCGAAGCUGCUUGUUGUAGGAAGCUCGCUUGCUACUUACUCUGCCUGGCGCCUGGCCAAGAGGGCAUUGGAUCGCAACAUGCCCAUUGCCAUCCUCAAUAUUGGUGGUGUCAGGAAAGAGGACGCCUUCUUUGAGGGUGUGGAGCGGGCCCAGACCCCCAGUGGCGCCGUGCGGGUGAGCAUGGCCGCCGAAGACAUCUUGCCGGGAGUCGUGGAGCUUGUCAGAAGGAACCGAGCAAGGAUGUAG